GCUUCCUCAGGCUUUGUUGACAUGCGCUUUCAAGUGCUACGCCUUUAUGCACUGUGACUACUUCACAGACUAGUACAGCUUUAGUUGUUGUUUGGUGGCAUGCCAGUGAUUGUUGUUCGCUCUUAGAAGAACAACAAGAACAACAAUGAAAGCCAUCCCCCACGCAGUGCCUCUCUCCCACUUCAAUUGAUUUCCGCAAAGGUUACUGUGUUCUCCUCUUGAUAAAUCCUCCUCUUGAUAAUCCCUCCUCUUGAUAAAACCUCCUCUUGUUUUCGCGACUAUGCACUCGGAGAAAGGUGCAUCUAAGUUUACUGCGGACCAAGCUGCUGCUACCAAAGGCAGGCAGACAAAGAAGGCCAGCGCACCUAUUGCGGCGAUCACCAAGGUUAAGCGAAAAUCAACAGUUUCCGCUCCAAAUACGCGGGAGCGCACUGCUAAGCUUAAUGAAGCCACCGAGAGACAAGAGGCUAUAACGAACUUCGAGGUUUCCAAGAAGGUUAAUGCUAGCAAUUCCAGUGAGGUUUCUCGCCGAGAAGAGACUGGAACUAUUUCCACAAAGCCUGCCAAGCGAAAAGCCGACAUCGAUAAUGAGAAAUCAACCCGCGAUCCGAAGAAGACUCGUGUAGUCCGACCCCGGGUACCAAAGCUGAAACCAAAGGUUGUCAUCAACAGUGCUCCCACUACCCGCCUCAAUGUCUAUGUGUGUGGUGAAGGCAGCUCUGGCGAACUCGGUCUCGGAGCAGGUAAAACUGCUAUUGACGUGCAAAGACCUCGUAUCAAUCCGCACUUGCCGGCAGACCGGGUGGGCGUUGUACAAGUCGCAGUGGGCGGCAUGCAUUGCGUGGCGCUUACGCACGACAACAAAAUUCUCACAUGGGGUGUUAAUGACCAGGGAGCGCUCGGUAGAGAUACCGACUGGGAGGGGGGCUAUAAGGAUGUGGGCGAAAGCAGAAGUGAUUCGGAUUUAGACUCUGACGAAGGCACUGGCCUAAACCCACAUGAGUCAGUUCCUACUGCUAUCCCGUCUGACGCUUUCCCACAUGGCACUGUUUUUGUGCAAGUUGCUGCUGGCGACAGCUCAAGCUUUGCCCUCACGGAUGAAGGUCAAGUCUAUGGUUGGGGAACUUUUCGGAGCAAUGACGGAAUCCUAGGGUUCGAUCCUAAUCACAAGAUCCAGGCUGUUCCCCUACAUAUCCCUUCGCUCAAGAAGAUAAAGCACCUGGUCUGCGGUGAUAACCAUGCUCUUGCUCUAGAUGAACAGGGCGCCGUGUUUUCGUGGGGUUCCGGCCAGCAAAACCAGCUCGGCCGCCGUAUAAUCGAGCGGAACAGGCUAAACGGGCUUCAACCACGCGGAUUCGGUCUACCAAAGAGCAUAGUGCACAUUGCUUGUGGCGCUUAUCACUCCUUUGCCGUUCACCAAUCGGGCAAAGUCUAUGCAUGGGGUCUCAACAGUUUCGGUGAGACUGGUAUCAGGGCCGGUGCUGGCGACGACGAGGCCGCGAUUGUCCACCCUACAAUUGUCAAUUCGCUAUCAAAUCAAGGUAUCACUCAACUUUGCGGUGGCGCUCACCAUUCACUUGCCGCCACCAAGAGUGGCAAAUGCCUGGUUUGGGGACGAUUGGACGGUUAUCAAACAGGUCUCAAGAUUGUGACACUCUGUGAAGAGGCUGUCAUCAAGGAUGAGCGUGGGCGCCCGCGGAUUCUUAUAGAGCCAACUCCUGUGCCUGGAAUUAAGGCCAAUGCCGUCGCAGCAGGUCCAGAUCAUUCGAUCGCGAUCGAUGUCGAGGGCCGUCCUUGGUCGUGGGGAUUUUCCGCUACUUACCAAACUGGCCAGGGUACACAGGAUGAUAUUGAGGUAGCAACUAUUGUAGAAAACACCGCUAUCCGGGGGAAGAAACUGAACUGGGCAGGUGCAGGUGGGCAAUUCUCCGUGUUCACUGAACCAGUGACACAUUGAGCAUAUCUGAUUUAGUUGAGAUCUGUAAAAGCG